AUGACGAGUUCAUCGCUUGUCACCACACCUUUCACAUCGAUCCCGCUUAUCACGAUACACCCAUUUUUCUCCUCGGUCUUUCCAACUAGGGAUGAAAACAAGCCUAUUCCAUUCGUCAUACCGCUUACGGGGUAUGCCACGUUUGUGGAGCAAACUGCAAGGACGCCAAAGACUGGUGGUGUGCUUAUGAGCAUGGACCUGGAGAGCGAUGUCAUGAAAGAGCUUGCUAGUGCGUUGUGGGAGAUCGUCGAUGGGUACGAGAACGACAGGAUGAAGGGAACGACUGAGAAACGUUAUCUUAUUCGGAGAUAG